UUCUGGAGUGAUCGUGAUCACGUCGUGGAGAUGAACGAAGGACUUCUUUAUCGUGCUCCAGAGUUCAAUACAUUAAUCAAACACUGAACAGUUUUUACAAUGUGUCAACGUCUCACGUCCAAUAGAUUAUUCUGGGCGUGGGAUGGAAAAGAGUGAAACGAUAUCAUCAUUUAUUUGUGUAGCCUAUUUCUGAGAACUGACAUGGAAAGACUGAAAUGAAGGACAAGGCGUUUUGGUUUCAAUCGUAGAAGCUCGUCUGAUUUUGUCGAUUGCUAUAAGUGUAACAGGUAAUGGUAACUGUAAUUUUAUUCAAGAAGUGUUCUUCGGUAAUUUUAUUCAAAAAGUAUUUCCUGGGGUCAAAGAUCUGUGUCAUAUAAACCGAUUCCAAACAACUGCUGAUUGAUUUCCACCAGUUUCAUUGAGAGAGACAGGCAGAUGGUGAGAAACGUGUGUUCGUUCGCACAUUCACUUUUACUUUCUAGACCUUGUGUUUUUAUAGGAAGUGUAGUGUGUUGUCCGUGUAAUCUUCAGUGAGUGACUUACUUUUCUGAUGGCUUCUCCUGACUGUAAGAACUGUGUUCAGAAGUAGAUUCUUCCACAUCGACAUAGCUACGCACACACAGCAAGGGAUGAGCGAAACAGAAUACACAGCAAGAACUGAGGGAUACUGAAAACGACGUAGGUAGGAUCUACCAGUGGUGACAUCGUCGUGCGAGGAGCAAACUGUCUCACCUGGCGAAGGAAGACGGACGGACAGAGAGAUCUAUAGAUGGCCAAAGUGGAGGAUGUCAACACGAUAGAGAUGAAGAACGGAAGCAUACAGGUCGAGAUGAAUGGACAUGGAAAGAAAGGGCCGUUAGAGAACGGUCUGACGAACCACAAUGAAGCCUCCUCCCUGAUCGUUGACCGAGUGGAGAUGUCCGAGAAGACAGCUGCUCAGCUCCACACAGCGGCUCUGGUCGUCUCCUGGUUCUCUGUCCUUUUCUCUCUCGGCACUGGAGUCGCCGCCAUAGUUCUUGGCCUCUCCGGAAAGAGCGAAUCUCUCUUCGCCUAUGGGAUCGAUGCUAUUUUGGACAGUCUGUCUUCCAUCGCGGUUGUGUGGCGUUUCCAUGGCAACGCUGACAGCGUCUACAUGGUCAACAGAGAGAGGACAGCUUGCAUGGUCAUCGGUGGUCUAUUUUUAGUAUCAGCCUCAUCUCUGAUCACGAAAGGCGUCGUAGCUAUUGUAGGUCGGAAACAUGAGAGUAAGGAGGUAACUCUGUAUGAAAGUUUUGCCCUGACAUGCGGAGUUGUCUCUGUCCUCAUCGCAGCCGCCAAAAUCUACGUGGGGUAUCGCCUUAAGAGUCAAGCUCUGGCAACUGACAGUAUUAUCACACUCGUUGGUGCGGCAGCGUGUUUUGCCGGUGUGGCCGGCCUGGAGCUGUACGUGAACGACACACACCUCUGGUACAUGGACUCAGUCUUCGGCAUACUCUGUGGCCUUUUCUUGCUCGUCUUUGGGAUCAGGUAA